CGACGCGCUCGAGUCAUUGGAUAGUGAACUCCAGUCAGCUCGAGGAUGUCUGUCGCAUUGCCUACAGCUCUCACUCGCUUACUCGGAUGCCGGCUGCCAUUUGUGGGCGCUGCCAUGGCCGGUGCAGCGGGCAGCAGGCUCGCAGCGGCCGUCUCUCGCGCGGGCGGCUUCGGCUUCAUGUCGAUGGAGGAUGCCGAUGCUGCCAAGAUGCAAGAGGAGUAUGAUCAUGCGGCUGGCUUGCUAGGCUCGUCCAAGGAUCAACUCCCGAUCGGCAAUGGGUUCACUGGCUUCAAGCUAGAUGUAGACGAGCCGGCAUCAAGGCGCAAGCUCACCGUGUCUGCCCAACGAUGCAGAGCCAUCUGGCUGUCGUUCGGCAACGAUCUGGAGCCUUGGAUCCGGUUCUUACGUGAGCCUCAACAUCCGAGAGUCAUCAUCUUUGUGCUCGUCACCAACACGGCAGAUGCGGCAAAGGCGGCUGAUCUGCCUGUCGAUGUCAUCAUCGCUCAAGGGUCGGAAUCUGGCGGCCACGGCAGUUCGGUCGGCUUGCCCAACAUCUCACUCCUGCCCGAAGUCAUCGAUACCGUGAAGAGCAACAAGAAGUACGAUCAGCUUGUCCUUGCGGCGGGAGGCAUCGUGACAGCCUCGCAAGUUCUUUCGAUGCUUGCGCUGGGCGCAGAUGGCAUCGUGCUGGGCACAGCGCUAGUCGCUACGCACGAGUCGCUCUAUUCUGACGCUCAGAAGGAGCUCAUGAUCAAUUCUCACGGCACAGAGACAACGCGCACGAUGGUCUAUGAUGUCAUGCGCGGCACAACAAGCUGGCCCAAGCAGGUCGAUGGCAGAGGCAUCAUGAAUGUGACAUACAAAGAGCUACAAGCAGGCCGAUCAGAGGACGACGUCAAGGCCGAUUAUCAAGAGGCCGUGAAAAGCAAGGAUGCUUCUCGUCUCGUCUGCUGGUCUGGCACAUCAGUCGGACUCAUCAAGCGCGUCUCGAGCGCAGAGGACUUUGUCGCUCAGCUCGGCAAGGAUACUCUGGAGCAGUGGAAUGCACUUCAGGGCAGACUGCAGUGGCCGAAAGCUGCUUAGCCCCUGGUCAUGGGCCGUGUUUGGCGCAGAGGCCGGCCACUUUACGACAGGUCAGGCUUACGAUCGAAGUCGGGAUGUCAGCAAGCUUGCUAGGAGCGACGAUCCGGCCAUCGACGCAGCGCAGCCUGCAAUGAACGUCAGCGUGGAGAAAGGUCUCGCUAAGCUGGACUUGCGUGGUCCUACCGCAUCCGCCUUUGACGCCUGCUAUGAUCAAGUCUAGUUCGCCACUGACAGUGUGUCCCGAGUAUCUCUCGCCAUCACUGGCGA